ACUUCGGACCAGUACUACGCUUAGUUACCUGAGCUGUAUCAGCAGGGGUGGCCAACCAAUCCAGUUUUCCAGUUUUUACUACCACCACUGUUCAUGCAGAUGUCGGAUUACGAUUAUUUCGGUCACUCCCACUGGAACGACUUCUAUCAGCUACCCAUCGAGGACGGUUUCAUCAUCGACACGUAUUGGAUUGACUACUUGUGGAGAAUCCUCCAUUUCGAAAAUCCUUAUUCGUAUCAUGCUGCCGAGAAGUUUGCAUCCACAGCCAUCGAGUUGAUUGACCUUGUCUGGUCGCCCUCUUGUUGGGAUAUUCUCAUCUGGCCUUUCACCCGCCUGUAUAUCACGAGAGUUCUGUGCACUGUCGACACUAUGCUUGACUCCAAACAACAUCUCAACGAUACCUGUUAUGGGAUCAUUGGCGAUAUCUGUAGAGAAAUCGAUUCUGGUACUGGCGUUUUCAGCGCUAGUCCUCGGAAGCGAUGCAAAGCAGCUGAUUUUAUCAUUGGACGUGAGACGCAGAGGCUAGAGAGCGUGAUGCAUAAGCAGCUCAAGGUUAACGAGAACAUAAGUCUUCUACCCGACGGGCCUGUGUGACAUUUACACUUAUCUCUACGUAUGCUGUGCGGGGUUGUGCUUGACACUUACCCUUUUGGUGCCCGUUGCUCCGUUUUUCUUUUCCGUCUCUGAGGAGUUACCAAUUCGUGUUCUUUGUUUAGUCUAUCUCUUAGGCUUUCUGGCAUAUCAGGGAACUCAAGCAAAUGCAUACUUGUCCGACAUUG